AUGCUCACAAGGAAUGUUGCAUUUCCUCAGCGCAUCCUUGAUGCAGUUCUUAAAGCGCAUCCUAGGUUUGACGGCAUUUCUCUUCCCUGUUCGCAGCUCAACAGCGGCUGUCAUCCAUUCCGACCAGGCGACCUGCCCACCGAAGUCGAUGUUUUAUACGUCUGUCUUUCUUACAUUCUUUGUCUCUCCAAUAAACUCUCUCUGUGCUUCUUUCUUUCUUUCUUUCUUUUUUCUUUCUUUCUUUCUUUCUUUCUUUCUUUCUUUGUCUCGCCAAUAAACUCUUUCUUUCUUUCUUUCUUUGUCUCGCCAAUAAACUCUUUCUUUCUUUCUUUCUUUCUUUCUUUUUCUUUCUUUCUUUCUUUCUUUCUUUCUUUUCUCUCUUUCUGUUUCUCCCUUGCUUUUUUUAUCUCCUUGUCUCUACAAAAAACUCUUUCUUUUCCUCUUUGUUUCUGUUUUUGCUUUCCUUUUCUCUCCAACAAACAAACACACACACACUCUCUCUCUUUCUCUGUGUUUCUGUCUUCCUUUCUUUCUUUCAUUCCUUGUCGCUCCAAUAAACUCUCUUUCUCGCUGUUUCGAUCUAUCUUUCUUUCUUUCUUUCUUUCUUUUUUUCUUUCUUUCUUUCCUUGUCUCUCCAAUAAACUCUUUCUCUCUCUUUUUAUUCACUCUUGA